AUGUGGCAACGUCGCGCAGCUGAGUAGUCCUCAAAAACGCGCAGCCGUGUCUCCCGAAAAAAGCACAGCGCAUAUACAUACAGCUCUCAGGCUUGAGCGCGAGAGCAAGACAGAGAUAGAAGAGAGAGAGAGAGAGAGAGAGAGAGAGAGAGGGAGAGUAGGAGGCUGCGUGGUGGGAUUAAAAGGUAUUGGUGAGUCGAGUUCGAGUAGCGCGCUGCGGUGGCUCUCUACUCGUUUUCCGUGGGCGCUCCUCUCCUCCUCCGCGGCGGCGUAGCGCCGUCACCCUGGCCCGACCCGGAAGUCGAAGAAGCCCGCAGGGCGAGGAAAUGGAAGAGGCCGUGCCGUGGCGUCUGCCGCAACAGCAGUGAGGAGCAUCGCCGAAAGCAUCAUCACUACAACCAGGACUACUCGCCGCCGAGACGACGCUGUCCCAUCAGCAGGCGCGCCAGCCACAACAACACACCGAUGCUCAGGAUGGACAACAGGGGCUCAGGCUGCUGGUGGUGCGUUAAGGCCGUCAAGUGGAUACCCGUCGUCUUCAUCCUGUCCAUCGUAUUCUGGUCCUACUACGCCUACGUCGUGCCCCUUUGCUACGAGACCAUAGAGAGCAAUGUUCAAAAAGUUUUCUAUUUGAUUUUCUUCCACAUUUUCUUUUUCUUAUUCCUAUGGUCUUACUGGCAGACCAUAGCUACAGACUUAGUUAAGGUUCCAGAUAAGUUCAAACUUCCUGCUGCUGAAAUGGAGAAGCUAUUGCAAGCAGAGAGUGAAAGCACUCACAGACAAAUCUUAGAAAGAUUUGCUCAAGAUUUACCAAUCACAAAUAGAACAAUAAAAGGAGAAAUUCGCUUUUGUGAACAAUGUCAAGUAGUUAAACCUGAUAGGGCACAUCACUGCAGUGUCUGUGGUACAUGUGUUCUCAAAAUGGAUCAUCAUUGUCCCUGGGUGAAUAAUUGCGUAGGCUUCCACAAUUACAAGUUCUUCAUGUUAUUUUUGGCUUAUGCUCUUCUCUACUGUAUUUUUAUUGUUGCAACGUCAUUGCAAUAUUUUAUAAUGUUCUGGAGGGGAGAACUACCAGGAAUGGGUAAAUUUCACCUACUCUUCUUGUUUUUUGUCGCACUCAUGUUCGCCAUCAGUCUGAACUCACUCUUCUUCUACCAUUGCUACCUCAUUUUGCACAACAGAUCAACACUAGAAGCGUUUCGGCCUCCUAUGUUCCGCACUGGGAAGGAUAAGGACGGUUUCAGUCUUGGAAAAUAUAAUAACUUCCAAGAAGUCUUUGGUGACAACUCUCGACUAUGGUUCCUGCCUGUCUUCACUAGUCUCGGGAACGGAGUCGUCUUUCCGGUACGCUCGCAGCACCAGGGUGUUUCCAAUACGUACAACUCGAUGGGCAGUACUCAGAACAGCUUUGGAGACGGCGUGACGUUCCCCGAGAGGCAGUGCGAAGAAGACCGUCACACGCUGCUGGGCGUGGAGACACAGCGCUGGGCCGGCGGCGACGAGACCGAGCUCGACUCGCCCUCGCUCAUGGCCGGCUCCCGUGCAGGUCGCCAUUAGACGACAUGACUUUGGUACAGGGAGCUACUAUAUUGGCUCUUGGCACGGGCACUGCUGUCGUAGGUCCAACGCAGGUGGAUGCAAACGAGCCGCUUGUCGACCCGGCCAACGCGGUCUGACAUGCCGCCAACCUCGUUAUCCAGCCUCGUCCAGGGAACAAGAUAUACACACAGCAGCAAAUGGACUAUUUUACUCGUUAUCGCGUUACGUUUGGCAGCUACAGAAACCGUACAGUCGAAUUAUCGUGCAUCUCGUAGUGAACGAGCGAAUUCCUGCGUAACGUCAUUGAGGGCUACUGAGAUGUGGACGAGUUUUGCGACGAUUCACGAUAAACUAAUGCUGUAUGUACAAGGAAUGAAAGAGAGCGACGUUAUACAUAUAUAAAUAUGAUAAUAUAGUUUUAUACUAGACUACAAAGAUUUGAGAGAUACAUGCAUUGCAUUUUUUUAUUCAUGUUUUUAUAGCAGUCAUACUUUGUUUUUUUAUCUUCAAUAAGAUAAUUUUGUCUAGGCAUUUAUUCCAUGCAGUUAUGAGAAUAAUUGUUAGAUUUUUAUCGACAUCAUAACUUUAAUUUAUACUGUAUUAGUAGCAUUGAUUUAAUUCGCGUAUAUGCAUGAUUUUUUUUUUAUAAUUUUAGUUUCCAAAAUAUCGAUUCAAUAUGUUCAAAACAAAAAUCUGCAUCGUUAUGGGCUUCAUUACUUUCUAUAUAACUCUUAAUUUUGUAUUAUUACAUUCUUUGAAAAAAUCAUUUCUCAUAAGGAAAAAGUAUAGGUUUCUUUUUCCCUUCAUAUAAACUAACAAUCGUUUAAAAAGUUUUUACAAAAAUUGUUCAAACAUAAUUUACGCAGUUCAAGAAUUAAUUAUAGUACAUUAUGAUUAAUGCGUUUUUUUCACUGCAUGAUUUUUUUGAUUUUAGAUGAUCAAAAAAAGUUGACAAGUAUUUUUUGCAACAACUCUUUAAAACUUAAAGAAUAGCUAAUAACUUUAAGCAACAACAAAGUUGAAUAUUUUAUCUACAUAUAUAACAACGUUCCAAAAAAUAAUAAUAUUUCAGUUACACAUUUUAUACCAUAAAUAAUGAGGACGUUACAACAAUAAUACAAAUCAAUUAGAAUUGAAUUUAUCGAUAUUAGCCGUGUUCGUGAAAAAACCAAUGACUGAAUUUGAUUUUACUGAUUCUAGUCUAUGUAUUUUUGAGGCAGUAUCAUUACUUAAAUUAAGUGAGUAUGCGGAAAUCAUUGCUGCCGCUAUAAGCAUAUCUUUUGGCACUGAAAAUUAUUGACUUACAGUUACUUUUGUGAAUUUGCAACACAGAAACUUAAACAACAGCAUAUAUACUUAAUCAACAUGAACAUUUUAUUCAAAGUUACUUACAUUUACAAUUUUACGCCGUCUUUCUUUGACACAAAUGGAAAAAAAACUAAUGUAUGAGUUUUAUUAAUUCAUGUACUACCACACAAAGCCGCUUGAAUAAACAGUGUGCGUACAUCAGUUACAAGUGUUAUAAAGUUUGUAUAUUUGUAAAAAUUAUCAAAGAACCGAAAUGGAAAGAUGUAUAACGUUACAGCAAAACUUAAUUUGCCUUAGAACUGUGUAACGAAGUUUAAACAAAAAAAAUUACUAAAAUAACUUGACAACUGAAUCCUCGAUUCGCUUUAAAAUAAUAUAUCCACAAUAGUAAAAAGCAUAAAGCAUGCAUUUUAUUUUUUACUAAUGAACGAAAAGAAUGUAAACCUCGCUGACAAUGGAUGUCUGGUGCCUUUUUGUAAUACAUUCUUUAACCAGUUUUGUAAUAUUCGCCAAGUAGUUUUUUCUUGUAUGAUUGUAUUCUUUAAUAAAAGAAUGCAACAUAAACUAAUAAGGUAUGAUGAAAUUAUACACUUAUUAUCGAUCGUUUGCAGUACUUCUUUGUUGGUUUGCUAAAAGUUUACAUUAUACCGCUAGAAUUUGUCUUUUCUCACACCAUUGUGCUUGCAAAAUUGAGCGCGUAAAAAGCGAUCUAUGUUGUAAAUAAUCAAGAGGAGUUCGCUCAAAAAACAAUAGAGUCCCAGUACUGUAAAUAAAAUCUUAAAUAAAAAUAAUUUGAAAAGUU